CAAAAAGCAAUCUGAGCCUACUUUACAGAAUCUGAUGCCUUGUAGUUAUCCCCCUAACAUCUACUACACCUUUUGGUGUUGUCGGGCCAGGCUUUUAAAGCCCAUGUGAUAAAACAAACAAAAAUAUAUGGAAAUUUGCAACAGAAACCUCAAAAGGGGCUUCGCUCGCCGUGCAGCGCAACCUCAAGCAGGAGAGAUGAUGAGCUUCCUAAGGAGAUCCAUCGGCAGCCUUUCCAAAUCGAAACUGGCUUCGACCCUCCCGUUUUCCUCCGCUUCACAAACAGGAGCAUCAAGGCAAGCCACUCCCGAUUCUGGUCUCAUGAGUGUGGUCUCAAAUGGAGCUGUUGCUUGUUGUCCAAUGAACAUCAGGCCCUCUUGCUUGUUGUCUAGAUCUUUUGUGUCGACAACUUCUAAGGAACCUGCUAAGAAAGAGGUGGUGACUGUGGAGGAUGAUCCUUUUGAUUCUCCGACGUACCAUAUCCCGGAGAAGCCGGUAACCUUUACAGAAGGUGCUUCCUACAGUUUUGUUAUUCUGGCCGGCCUUGCGGUCGCUGGGGCUUCUGGGUACGCUGUGUUUAAAGAGCUCAUGUUUCAACCAAAAGAGUACAAGAUCUUUGACAAAGCGUUGAAGAGAAUCCAAGAUGACGGUCAGGUGAGGGUAAGAAUUGGAUCCCCCAUCACAGGUUACGGACAAGAAACCAGAAACCGAGCUGCUCGCCAACGUAUACCUAACAAAGUAAUUACAGAUGAAGACGGAGUCGAGCAUGUGGAGGUAAACUUCUUCAUCCGUGGGCCUCAUGGAGCCGGGAAAGUGUACCACAGAGAUGUUUAAAGACAAGGCAGAUAAGGAAUGGAAAUACACAUACCUGAUCGUUGAGAUUUUAGCUCCCUCCCCAGCCAAACUGAUGCUGGAGUCCUAUUUGCCCGCCUAGACACACCUCUCUUAUAUCUAUUUUUUUUUUUAUUGUGAUUCAGUUAAGGGUUUAUUGAGAACAACGAGCUAGUGUGACAGUUUUACACUUGUGCUUUAGUUUUAUCAUCAAUUCUGGGAUCAGACAUUUGUUGCACUAGCAUUGCUAAAU